AUCUCCAGGUGUGUGGAAGUUCAUGUGUUUGAUGUGAAUUGAGGUGUUUGAUCUCCAGGUGUGUGGAAGUUCAUGUGUUUGAUGUGAUUUGGAGGUGUUUGAUCUCCAGGUGUGUGGAAGUUCAUGUGUUUGAUGUGAUUUGGAGGUGUUUGAUCUCCAGGUGUGUGGAAGUUCAUGUGUUUGAUGUGAUUUGAGGUGUUUGAUCUCCAGGUGUGUGGAAGUUCAUGUGUUUGAUGUGAAUUGGAGGUGUUUGAUCUCCAGGUGUGUGGAAGUUCAUGUGUUUGAUGUGAUUUGAGGUGUUUGAUCUCCAGGUGUGUGGAAGUUCAUGUGUUUGAUGUAAUUUGGAGGUGUUUGAUCUCCAGGUGUGUGGAAGUUUAUGUGUUUGAUGUAAUUUGGAGGUGUUUGAUCGAGCUGAAAGUUUCACUUUGUUGUAAUUUAUUACUGGAUUUUAUAUAUUUUUUUAAAUAUGGUCAUGUUUGUAAGUAGAUAAUCCAUGACUGAUCAGGUGUUCCUAAUAAAGUGGCCACUGAAUGGAGAAGUUGUGUACAGUAGAUGUAUUUCUCCUGAUGAGACUCUGAUCCUGGGUUUAAUGUUUCAGAAUGUUUGUAAAAGCUACAUGACUUUUAGUUGUACAGGAUUUCUGACAGUGAAAUAAAUUAAGUUUGGGUUCUGGAAAGGAAAACAUGGAUAAUUACAAACUCAGAUGAAAGUACAGAAGAUAUUUGUUCCUGCAGAUGUUCUGUGUGUUUCUUUAGGAUCGAGAACAUUGUUGUGCAGCUCUGAUGUCACGGGGAGUCUGUGAUGUCACUGUGAUGUCACAGAGAUGCUGCAGGCGCUUUCACUUGUGCUGCGGCAGGUUUCUCAUUUUCUGAGCUGCAGUGUUCAGAGAUAGAUAAUGUAUAUAAUAUAUGUAAAUAACAGUGGGCGUACACACUGCUGCUGUAGUGAACGAGUGAGACCUUGCAGGUGAAGAUGUCUGAACUUGAGAAAAACUGCUCUGAGGUCACUGACACUCAGCAUAAAGAAGAAGCUGAUGGGCAGAACGUACCAUUUCCUGGUCCUCUGAUGAGUGAGAAGAUGCAGAAGGAAGACCUGAGCAGGUUUAUUCAGAGGAGAUGUCAGGAAUGUGCUCUGCACCUGGAUGAUCCUGACCAACUAAAAUCCUAUUUCUUCUGGAUGAUUAUGGAACGUUUCCUCAAUCAGAACAGAAAAGUAAUGAUGGCUGAAAUCGCCAUUAUUCUCUUCCAGGGCUACAGCUAUGGGAGGAGGAAGCUCGGUCGGAUUAUGAUCCAGGAGGACUGGUGUCUUCCUCUGGCGCGUCUUUUAUCCUCCGCCGCUGCUGCUGGAGACCAACACAGAACAGACAUCAUUAAAAUGGGAGAUGAUUUCGCUUCCAGAGGACGGAUCUUUGCAGCACACUUGUGUUACGUGGUGGGACGCCAGGAGCUCGGAUUCCGCAGGAAAUUUCAUCUAAUAGGAUGUGAACGGAUUCCUACUAAUCACAUCAUCUCACAGGAGGUGUUGAAGAGAACAGAGGUGUAUGAGUACGUUCUGUCUCUGACCUCAGGGUUCGGUCAGCCUCACUUCCAGAAAAUCAAGUUGAUUCACGCCCAAAAUCUUGUUGCUGUUGGACUGAAAGCUCUGGCGCUGGAUUACUGCGAGAGCAUCGCUACAACCAUCUUCAGAUCCCCUCGACUCUUUAACAGAUAUAUUUUGGCUCAGCUUAUAGUAUUCUGUGAAAAGUUGCUUGAAGGGAAAGAAGACGUGGACUGGAUGAUGAAACUUCGCCGGCUGUUCAGAUUCUUCAGCACACCCAUCUCUGUGGUUUGUCCUGAUCAGGUGGCUCUUGAAAAAAUUCCGUAUCAACCUGAGGAGUUUGAAGAGGAGGUUAAGUCACAGUACAUCGUAGGAGAGAUCUUGGGGAAAGGAUCUUUCAGCUCUGUUUAUGCUGCAGUGCGUAAGGCAGAUGGAAAACAGGUUGCUCUGAAAUAUGUGACCAAAGACUUGCAUGAAGGAAUGCCUGGAGAAAAGCCUAAGGAGGUGGAGAUGAUGGACAUCUUGUGCAAGCCCCCUCGAUGUAAGAACAUUGUUGAGCUGCAGGAAUGGUUUGACAUAUCCAGUUGUUUCGUUUUGGUGCUGGAGCGACCCAUUCCCAGCAUGGACCUUCAAAAGUUUUGUAAGAAUUACCAGGAUGGACAUUUGCCUGAAUAUCUGGCGCGGGUGAUCCUGCAGCAGGUGAUUCGUGCUGCUCAGCACUGCUUCGAUCGUGGAGUUUUCCACAGUGACCUCCGUACCCAAAACAUCCUGAUCAAUACGGACACGCUGGAGGUGAAGCUGAUCGACUUCGGCUGUGUCGAGAUGUUGUGCAAAAACUCUACAGGAUGUCGUUCCUACCUCUGGAGUCUGGGAUGGACCUUGGUGGAGUUGGUGUGUGGAAACAUUUUCCUGUAUAAUUUAGAUCAUGUGAUUGACAGUUGUUCACAGAUGAUUUCAGACGACUGCUGCCAUCUGAUCUCACAAUGCCUGAUACACAGUGAGAAACCACUCACUCUGGAUGAGCUCCUGAACCACAGCUGGUUUACUAGUGGACUUGAGGACCUGAGCCACGACCGAGAGCUUGAGAAGAAUCAGCUCAGACCUCUCUAAACCUUCACCACCGGAUUACACUUUCUCACAUCCUCCUGCAGCUCCACCCAGUCUCCAGUGUCAGAUCUUUACCAAUCAGUGUUGAAGUUCUCUGAUGUCUUCAAGAGUUUAUACACAAAGAUGAACCCCUUACCUUUUUUUUAGAUACCCAGUAAAGAAAAAGUCCAUGAGAUGGCAUGUAGAAGAAAUCUUGAUUCAAAAGAAACCCCAUCUUCAUCUGGUGACUCUUCACCUUCUUCACUCCUACUGUUACACUAUUAAUUGAUAUUUGUAUAAAAGUCAACUGUCCUGGUCAAAAGGAACAGAAGAAUGAAUGUGAAUCUCUGAAAACCCAGAAAACACACCAGGUGUUUCCACACGUUCCUCAGACUCUGUGUGGAUACCAGGAAUUCCGGAAUGUUCUGGGUUUGUUCUCCUGUGUUUUAUCUGGAAAUAAAGGAAACACUGAGAUGGA